GUGGUUGACCAAACGAGCGAGAAAUGUCAGACGGAACCAGAUGUAAACAACAGCUGCCGCGGAUCGUUUCCUCGAAUCGUUGUGCGCCGGAACAGGAUCUUUACCUACACAGAAUGGGAGGCUGGGCGCUGGAAAUCGGGAAAAUGGCCCUGUACAUGACGUUCCCCGUUGCGAUGUUCCACUGGUUCAACCAGCCGGAAUACUUCGAGAAGUGGGUUACGGACACACGGCGGCAGCUUUAUCCACCGGAGAAUCCCGAGCACCGAGCACAGAUCGAGAAAGCCAUACGCAACGUGCGCGAGCGGCAUGAUAACGAGUUGAUGAAGGCGCUGGAAGAGAUCGAACAAAAGGAACAGCGCGGCAAGGUGUAAAGGAGUUUAGCUGCGCUCCCCUCUCGAUUGCUUGGUUUUAUCCCUCCCUUGUGAUGCAGUGUAAAUAUCCAGUUUGGUUUAGUAGCAUGAAGAAAUAAG